AUGCCACCAAAAGCUAGCGGAAAGGCAGCGAAAAAAGCCGGAAAGGCUCAAAAGAAUAUUUCGAAAGCCGAUAAAAAGAAAAAAAGGAGGAGGAAGGAAAGUUAUGCUAUUUACAUUUACAAAGUACUUAAGCAAGUUCAUCCUGAUACCGGUAUAUCGAGUAAAGCUAUGAGUAUAAUGAAUAGUUUUGUUAAUGAUAUAUUCGAACGAAUCGCCGCCGAAGCAUCCAGAUUGGCUCAUUAUAAUAAACGUUCAACAAUUACAAGUAGAGAAAUUCAAACUGCAGUGAGAUUAUUGCUUCCCGGAGAAUUAGCAAAACACGCAGUCAGUGAAGGAACUAAAGCCGUUACCAAAUAUACUAGUUCUAAAUAA